AUGCCGCGCUCGCGCUCGCGCAAACCAGCCCUCCUGACCUGGUGGUGUGCCGCCGUGGCCCUCGUGUGCACUUUUGUGCUGCUCUCGGGGGCGGCGCUGGCGCUCCACCUCGCGGAGCUCGAGGCCCCUCUGCGGAGAGGCCGCGCGCAGACCGGGUCGCUGUCCUGGGCGUCGGCGCCGGGCCAGCAGGAGCGGAGGGAGCCGCCCCCUCACGAGCGGCCGCCCCCUCACGAGUGGCGGGUGGGCGCAGGCCGCGCGUCGGCCAGCUUCUCUGUGCGGCCCGGCGGCCCGCCGUCGCUCCGCUCCCUGCGAUGGGGCGCCGGGCGCGCGCCCGCCGCCGCGGCGGAGGAUGCCGGCUGGGAGAUGGACGUGGCAGCGGCGCAGCCGCUGCUCGUCUCGCUGGCGCCCGCGGGCGCGGAGGCUGACGAGCCCAGGCCCUGCAGGGUCACCGCCUCGGGCGCCAGCAGCGCCGAUCUCGACUGCGGCGGCCUCGCGGCGACGCUGCGCGUGACGGCGCACGAGGCAGGGCCACACGGGGCGGCGUUGCGGUGGCACGUGGCGGCGGCCAGCGGCGCGGCCGUGCUGAGCCUGGCUGCGUGGCUCCCGGGAGCCGCCGUCGAAGGCGUGGUCGACGGCUCUCCGAUCACCGCGCGCAGGCGUCCACAAGUGUCGACGCUCUCCACUGGGGGCAGCGCCAAGGCGAGCAGCUUUUUCGAUGGCAGAGGCCCUGAGAGGAUGCUCGACGGCGACGGUGAGACGGAGUGGUUCGCCGCGAAGGGCACCCAGGAGGCUUGGGUCGAGAUCGACCUUGGGGGGGCCCGCGUGGUCAGCGCCGUGCAGUGGCAGUGGUGGGCAGCCUCGUUCGCGGACGAGUGGACCCUCGAGAGCAGAGCAGACGCGGCCGCAGACUGGACCCAGGAGUAUACCAGCGGCGCGCCUGGGGCGCGGUCCAUGGAGAGCUUCAACCCAUGGGUAAGGCUGCCGGCUCUGAGCGGACCAGUGCGCCACCUGCGCCUGAGCAUGUGCAAGGGUCACCUGGACCCGUGGAGUUUCGGCGUCUUCUUCGGCAUACGCACGCUGGAGCUGCGCAGGGCCUUCCACGGGUACUUGCAGGCCGCACGCGGCCGGCCCUUUGGGCAGAUCCUGCACUACAACAGCUGGUACGACCUCCGGAGCGCGCCCUGCGCCGACGGCCUCGCGAAGUCUGGCGCGAAGGAGAGCGUCAUCCAGCGAUUGGAGGCCUUCAACGGUAACCUGACCGCCUCUCGGGGCAUCCCCCUGGACGCCUUCUUGCUGGACGACGGAUGGGACAACUGGGACAGCCUGUGGGAGGUGGACACGGCGCGCUUCCCGUCCGGCUUUCCAGCGCUGGUGGCCAAAGGGUCGCAGUGGGGAACGCGCAUGGGCUGUUGGAUGUCCCCGUUCGGUGGCUAUGGAUUGGCUGGCCAGCGGCGGGUGCGCUUCGGGACGCAGCGUGGCUUCGAGCGCAACCAGAAGGGCAGCUUCUCACUGGCCGGCCCCAAGUACUUUGCGACAUUCAGCUCUGUUGUGCGGCGCCGCAUCGAAGAAGGGUUCGGCAUCUUCAAGUUCGACGGCCUUGGCGGAGGGCUCGGACAGAAAGGCGGGGACGCCUACAUGGGCGACUUUGAGGCGAUGCUGUCGCUGAUCCGAGGCGUUAGGCAGGAGCGAAACGGCGAUCAGGUCUGGAUCAGCCUGACCAUCGGCACUUGGGCGUCGCCAUUCUGGCUCCUCUGGGGAGACUCUAUUUGGCGAGAUGGCCCCGACGUCGGCGGGGAGGGCGUGGGCUCGCAACGCGAGAGGUGGCUCACUUUCCGCGACGCGGCAUUGCGCCGCGGACUGAUGCGCGGCCCCCUGUUUCCGCUGACGUCUUUCAUGCAGCACGGGGUGGUGUGGAGCCGCUCCGGCGAGACCGACGACAUGUGGCCCUCCCAGCGCAGCGACCCGCUUGAAGACUUCUGCAACGAGGCUCUCUCGUUCUUCCUGAGCGGCACCGGCCUUCAGGAGCUGUACGUGCAGCUCGAGCUCAUGGAGGCCCGCCAUUGGGCGGCGCUCGCGGCCAUCAGCUCUUACGCCCGCCGCGAGUUGGAGGUGCUCCGAGACGCGCACGCCAUCUGGGGAGGUGGAAAAGGUACGGGCACGGCCGCUCCCGGGACCUUUCCUGGACUGCGUCCUGACCAGAGUUUCGACGCGAAUCCAGCCGUGGCGACGAGGGCCCCUCAGGAGGCGCGAAAAACCGAAACCGAGGCAAUGAGUACAGUCAACCAGCAUGGUAAGGAUGGGCAACCUUUCCAAGGGUACCCUUGCAUCCUUGCCACCUUGGCUCAUCAGUAG